UGCCUUUUCAUAUUCACUAAACACUCUUCGUCCACCAAUAGAAUUGUCGAAUAAAAUUAAACGAGGAAGUCUAGUUUGUAUACAUUUUAACUAUUAUAGGUAAUCUACUACUAAUUCAUUUUGGGUUUAAAUAUCAGCCAGGACACAGAUUAAAGAAAUUAAUGACAGACAAUGAACAUGCAUCAACUGCCCUUGUUUGCACUACUACUUCUGCUAGUACCCUUUGUGUCAGGUCAGUGUUCGGAUCCAACCGUCACCAAUAUUGAUAUGUCCAACCGUGGUAUAACAGAAAUCGACGAGUCAUUGUUCACAAACUGUAAUCCACAAGCUAUAAGUAUUGAUCUGUCUGGAAACCAAAUAACACAUAUAAAUGCAACUUCUUUCGCAUCCUAUGAUGGGGGACUCAAUCAGAAGUAUAUUCCUUUGUUUUACCAACUAAAAACGUUAAAUUUAAAUGAUAACCAAAUUAGCUCAAUAGACCAUGAUGCUUUCAAAUAUACAAAAGUUCUGGAGACACUGAACAUGAAUAACAAUCAUCUCCAGUCAUUAGAAUCUGAGGUCUUUGAACCAAUUGGCGAAAAAUUGGUCACCUUGGUGCUGUCACAUAAUAAAAUAUCAUCAAUUGAUGAAAAGAUGUUUGGAACCAACCUAAUAUCACUUCGUGUUGUCGAUCUUUCAUACAAUAAAAUGACUUAUAUGGAAGCAUGGCCGUAUAUUCCACCUUCUAUCAUAAGAUUUGAUCUUAGUCAUAACGACGUGAAUGAAUUUACCAAUCGUCUUAAUUGGACAUAUGACCUGCAGGAACCUUAUCAUGCCUAUGUUGAUUUAAAAUACAAUAAAUUUGCCAGAUGGGACGAUGAGUGGUUCAGGAGAUACCAAAAACCAGGCGGUGAUUUUGUUGGGGACUUUGUUACUUAUCGGCUGGACAUUACAAACAAUAACUGGACAUGCGAUUGCCAUAUGCACUAUAUGGCAUCAAAGAUUCAGGACUCGUUUUAUAGGUAUGCAGAAUCCGAACUUUUACAUGUUGAAUGCGGAAAUCCACCCAAUCUUAGUGGACAACGUCUCAUGAACGUGGACCUGAACGAGUUUAAUUGUGACGUAGCAAACUGUUCAUUUGGAUGCACGUGUACAAACAUAUCCGAAACUCAAGUUUUACAAGUAGAUUGCAUGAAUGGAAACUUAAUUAAACUACCGAUGAAACUUCCAAACAUUCCAGAUAGAACAAUUAUGUUAGACGUUUCUAAUAAUAGUAUUUGGAAAAUAGAUCCAAGACCAUAUGUUGACCAACUCGUGAAACUUAAUGUAGCGAACAAUAAACUUGUGUUUAUCGAUCAAGAGACUGUCAAAAAUAUGACGCAGUCAAAGUUGUCAAUGAAUAUAUCGAAUAAUAAUCUCAAGUUUUUGCCAAACUCUAUUCAAAAUGUACAAUCUAUUUCCAUUUAUAACAAUCCAUUUAUGUGUGACUGUAAUAUGACAUGGAUGAAAGGAUGGCUUGAACUGGAUUCUAUAGUAGAACCGGAUAAGUCCGUUACAUGUAAAACAAAAGAAGGAGACGUCCAUAAGAUAAUUGACGUUACAGAAAGCUUACUGGACUGUAAUUAUGAUACUGAAAUCGGUUUGGCAGUUGGUUUUGGUAUUUUGUUGAUUCUGGUCGUGAUAGGGAUCGUUUGGGCUAAGCGUUGUCCAUAUGAGACAAAAGUUCUCGUUUUUAAGUUUUUUAGAAUCCAUCCUAGUGAUAAAUAUAAGAUUGACGAAGAAGUGAAAUCGUACGAUGCCUACAUCUCAUUUGAUGAUGAAAACAUACACAUACGACAAUGGGUGACAAGAAAACUGAAGAAACGUUUAGAGGAGAAGAAACAAGAACUCUUUAUACCGGUCAUUCACGCGACAUUGGGCGACGAUAGGGCAGAUCAGAUUGUCAGAUCUAUGGAAAACAGUAAAAGAGUGAUCAUUAUACUUUCAGACAAAUAUGAUGAAAAUGAAUGGAGUGUUUUUGAAUGUCAGCAGGCGGAAAUGCUCAAUCCUAAUGAAGGUAGAAUUAUAUUCAUUAAAUAUCACCCUGAAGCUGAGGACAUGGUACAAAAAGAACCAUGGAAAUCUCGUGUAAAGGAUAGGAAAGUUUUAGCAAUAGGCGAAAAAUCUAGUGAACAUCGAUGGUUUUGGGACAAACUUAAAUAUGAACUUCCGGUAAAAUAAUUAUUUAUUAUAACGAUAUUACAUAAAACAAAUUCUAGUCAUUGUGCAGCCGUCUCGACAUCAAAGUUUGAUCUCAGUCUUAAGAUUGUUACAUCGGACAAAAAGUUGCGUCGUCCUGAAGGCUCUGCUUCAGAUUUCUGUGCUGAAGCUGCUGGUUUAUUUUUGCAAAGAAGAACAAUCUCAUCAUAAAGAUACAAUUUUUACACAUUUUAGAUAAAUAUACAUUAUUUAUGGUGGUCAGACGAACGCGUAAAUUAAAAGGUGUUCAUUAUAUACAGUAUACCGUGUUGUCAGUUAUAUGUACAGGUUAUUGUUGAUAUUAAGUGUUUGAUAUUAAAUGUUGAAUUCUAA